CCCACUCCCCCUCAAGGAACACAGCACGGCACGGCUCGGCACAAGGAAAAGGUGGACCAACAGAGAGAGGGAAAGAGCCGCCGGCCGGGGCGGAGACCCGAAUCGGCGGGAAAAAAGAAGGCUCCAGCUGGUUGCUUCGCCUGCAAGGCAUCCAUCCCGCGACGCCGGUUCUUGGUUUGCCUGGGGUGGAUUUUGGGCUCGCGGUCUGCCAGAAUUCGACCAAGGGUUUUACUGCGGUUUCGCUGGGGGAUUCUGGUCGUUCAGCGCCACUCUCUUGGAUUAAGAUCAAAUCAAUAGGCGUGGAGAAGGCUGGGCAUAAUUACAUCAACUGUGGUGGUGAUCGGUUUUGAACUUCUCUGCUUCAAUAACUACGUCCUGAAAGUUGGAGGAGAAAAACCCUGUGAAUACUAAGCUUUGGGAAUGGAGUUGACUGAUCCAUAAACUAGCCAAAUAGUCGUCUCUAUAUACAUCUUCGUCAACAACAGAAGGAUUUUUCCCCUAAAAAAACAACAGAAGCAUUGUUACCACCAACGUUCCUGCUUCCAUGGAAGUUUUUGAAAGUAAUGGCCAUGGGAAAACAAGAAUACAGAAUGCUGAAAACCUGGCACCAGUUUCUAUUGAGAGUCCAGAUACAUCCUUGGAAAUCCAACAAAAGUUACAACGGAAUUUGACAGAGCACCUGGCCGAAUUGGAGUCCCCUAUAGGCCACGCUGUAAUUUCAUCACCGAAAAUACCCUCUCACUUUGGACCAGCUCAGGCAUUUGAUGAUUCAUCGAAAGAUGAGGCAGAUCAUGCUAUUUUAACAAAUAAGACUGAAUUGAAAAACAUAUCUGAAAAUGGUUUUACCAGUGUGAGUACUAUGAUAACAGCUGAAAUGAAAUCUAAAGAAGAACAUAUGAAUGAUCAUGAGAACAUUGUUGUCACCCCGGAAAGGAAAGAGGAAUCAGAAAAGGGGUCUGAAGGCUCAUACAGAGGUUUUGUUGACACUACUGCACCGUUUGAGUCUGUUAAAGAGGCUGUCACCAAGUUUGGAGGAAUUGUUGAUUGGAAAGCCUACAGAGCUCAAUCAUUAGAGAGAUGCAGGGUCAUGCAACUUGAGCUUGAAAAGAUUCAGCAGGAAAUUCCACAAUUCAAAGAAGAUUGGGAAGCUGCUGAGGUGGCCAAAUCACACGUAAUCAAAGAGCUAGAGAGAACUAAGAGAUUUGUUGAGGAGCUGAAGCAUAAGUUGGACAGGGCACAGCUUGAAGUUGACCAAGCAAAGCAAGAUUCUGAACUUGCCCAGCUUAGGGCACAAGAAAUGGAGCAGGGGAUUGAUGAUGAAGCUAGUGUAAUAGCCCAAACACAGUUGACAGUCGCCAAAGAAAGACAUGAAAAGGCUGCCGAGGAACUGAAGUUGAUAAAAGAGGAGUUGAGAUCAACACGUGAACAGUAUUCUGUCUUAACCACUGAAAGGGAUACAGCAGUCAAAAGAGCUGAGGAAGCUGUUUCUGCUGCGAAGGAAACCGAGAAGCAAGUGGAGGACGUCACUUCAGAACUUAUUGCAUCCAAAGAGUCUCUCGAGUCAGCCCAUGCUGCACACCACGAAGCAGAAGAGCACAGACUUGGGGCAGCUUUGGCAAAAGAGCACGAUUGCCUGGCUUGGGAGAAAGAGUUGCAGCAGGCACAUGAGGAGUUGCACCAACUCAACGAGCAAAUUCUAUCCAAAACAGAUGUUGAAUCCAAAGUUGAUGAAAACGUGCGUAAGCUACUUAGCCUCCAAGGUGAGCUAGCUGCCUAUAUGGAAAACAAAUUGAGUGACGAAGCUGGAGUGGUUCAGGAGCAAGGCUCCAAAGAAGCAAAAGAAAUUAGUAGGUCAAUCAAAGAAGCUCUAGCUUCAAAAAGAAAGGAGCUUGAUGAGGUUAGAGGGAAAUUAGAAUAUGCAGAAAAUGAAGCCAACUUAAUAAGAGUUAUUGCAGAAACACUCAGGACAGAGCUUGAUAAGGAGAAAGCUUCACUUGUUACAUUGCAGCAGAGGGAGUGUAUGGCAUCCAUCACAGUUUCUUCUUUAGAAGCUGAGCUCAACAGCACGAAGCAAGAGAUAGAAAUGGUGCAUAAGAAGGAAGCAGAAACCCAGGAAAAAAUGGUGAAGCUUCCAAGGAUGUUGCAGCAAGCAGCGCAUGAGGCAGAAGAUGCCAAGAUGGCAGCUCAUUUGGCACAAGAAGAACUGAGAAGGGCCAAGGAAGAAGCUGAACAAACCAAGGCUUCUGCAACAACAGCAGAUGUCAGGUUACGUGCAGUUUUGAAAGAGAUAGAGGCGUCUAACGCAUCUGAGAGGCUAGCACUAGUGGCAGCUCAAGCAAUGCAAGAGAGUGAGGAGACAAGAAGUGUUGCUGAUUCUCCUAGAGGAGUAACACUUCCUAUAAGUGAAUAUCAUGCUUUUAGCAAGAGGGUCCAUGAAGCAGAAGAGCUUGCAAAUGAGAGGGUCGCAGCAGCUUUGGCACAAAUAGAGUUGGCGAAAGAUUCUGAAUCAAGGAGGCUAGACAAACUACAUGAAGCGUCCAAGGAGAUGAGCCAAAAGAAGGAUGCUCUUCAAAUCGCGUUAGUGAGGGCUGAUAUGGCAAAUGAGGGGAAACUUGGUGCUGAGAAGGAGCUGAGAAGAUGGAGAGCUGAACGUGAGCAGCGUGGGAAAGCCCAUGAAGCAGUAACACAUGCAGUUAGUCAUGUGAGCGCUCCAUCUAAGAAAUUUGCCGACCACAAGAGCUCUUACCAGGAAGAUGGAGAAUUUCUUACGGAUUCGAAGUUGCACAUGUCAACUAAUAGCAUGGAUCACUUUGUACCGGACCAGAAGUUACGGAAAAAGAAGUCAUUCUUCCGUCGGAUGUCCACCAUUUUGUCUAGAAAGGCUCAGACACAAACAUAAGAUUGAUUGUGUACAGACAAUGUUAAUUACUGUAUUUUUGUAAAAUGUAGAUGGUGUAAAGUUAAAUAAGUUUGCUUUCCAUACCCUGUAAAUUGUUUGAUACUUUGAGGACUGGACGUCGUUGUAUGAUGUUUCGGAGAGAUGUUGAUACUUAAAACUUGCUUUUGUCUA